AUGCCCACAAACACCCGUUUCAUCUAUAUAGUCUUCAUCACAGUCUUCCUCUUCUGUGGGCUGUGGACUGCAUUCCAGAUCGAGGACCCCAGUGCGCAAUUUGCCAUGGACCACGCCCAAAAUCCGGCUUGGCAAGACAUUGCGAGUAACAAGAGACGCGCGAUUCUGGACAAGAUCCCUCGGGAAUGGAUCUUGUCGCAGUCCGACUUGGAUGAAGGACGGGAACGAUGUACGCUCACGGAUGGCUUCCUUGAAAGGCUCCUGGAUCCAGAAACCCGACACAUUACCGGACUGGAUAGCUCCCAGAUACUGGAAAGCGUCCGCAAUCGCACCUUUACCGCAGUCCAAGUGGUUCGCUCAUUCUGCAAGAGAAGCGCCUUUGCCCACCAGCUUAACAACAACCUGUUGGAGAUUAUGUUCAGCUCCGCUCUGAAGAAGGCGGAUGACCUCGACCGGUACUUGGAGGAACAUGGCGAAGUAAUUGGUCCGUUGCACGGCCUUCCGGUUAGCAUGAAGGAUCAAUUCCAUGUCAAAGAUGCCGAAACCAGCAUGGCAUACGUAGGAUGGAUAGGUACAUUUGAGGGCCAUACCGACACUGGGAAAGAAGGCAAGGUAGAAAGCGAGCUCGUAAGGGAAUUGGUUGAGCUGGGGGCAGUUCCAAUCGUCAAGACAAGUCUGGUACAGACGCUUUGGUAUGCGGAGACGAACAACAACAUCAUCGGAUACACCUGGAACCCGGUCAAACAAACCUUAUCCUGUGGAGGCUCUUCUGGGGGCCAGGGUGCACUUCUAGCGCUGAGAGGCACAACCAUAGGAUUUGGAACCGACAUUGGCGGAUCAGUCUCUAUACCCGCUGCCUUUAAUGGUAUCUACAGCAUCAAGCCUUCACAUGGCCGAAUAUCGUACAAAGAUACGGCAAACAGCUCCCCAGGCCAGGCGAUAAUUCCUUCAGUUGUUGGGAUAAUGGGAGAUUCAAUCUCAAGUCUCCGUUUGACUUUUCGAUCGUUGCUGGCUACGAGUCCCUGGCUCCAUGACCCCGAAGUUUUGAGAAUGCCGUGGGCUGCCGAAGAUGAAACCUUUGCCAAAAUUUCAUUUGGUUUCUUUGAGAACGAUGGAGUCGUCGCACCUCAUCCGCCGAUUGCACGAGCUCUUCGGAUGGUCAAAGAAGCCAUAGAGAACUCGGGUCACAAGACGGUUCCUUGGAGUCCGCCCGCCCACAACGAAUCUGCUGCUAUUCAUUCUUCGUUCAUGGACGCCGACGGGGGCGCAGAUGUCUUCGAGCAGUUGAAGUUGUCUGGUGAGCCUUUAAUCCCCGAGCUCCAACCAGAGUUUGGGGAUGAGCCAGCGCCGCCGACGCCACUUCUCGAGUUUUACAACAACACAUUGCGGCUGAAGAAGUAUCGCGAAAGGUACCAGAGCUACUGGGAAUCGACGUCGCCAGACACAGACACGGGCCGUCCCGUUGAUGCAGUCAUCUUGCCAGCUGCACCGCACGCAGCAGUCAUUCCCGGAAAGUGGAUUCAUUAUGACUACGCGACUAUCGCCAAUACGCUCGACUAUGCCGCCAUCAUCAUCCCGGUCACCAAUGCGGACAAGGAUUUGGAUAAAUUCGACAAGAACUAUUCGCCAAUGACCGAGAAAGACAGGGAAAAUUGGCAGGCCUACGAUCCUGACUUGUAUCACGGAGCCCCUGCAUCAAUCCAGAUUCUAGGGAGAAGACAUGAGGAACAAAAGCUUUUGAGCGUUGCACAAGCUGUAGUGGAUGCUUUGAAGAAGCACAAGCAACAGGGACAUUAG